GUAACCUAGAGCUCCCAGAGGACAGCUGCAAGCAGUAUGAAGUGAUGUAUUCCCCACCCUGCGAAGCCACGCGGAAUGGCACCGCAGCGGAUGAGGCAUCUGCCAAUGGCAUUGUCCUGGCCACCGAAGACCUGGGAUACCAAAUCUAUGAGGUGUCUGGUGACAACAGCUCCACUGUGUCCACAGAAGACAUUAGAGAAUGUUUGAGGAAACAACUUGAGUUCUGCUUCUCUCGUGAGAACCUUUCAAAGGAUCUUUACUUGAUGUCUCAGAUGGACAGUGAUCAAUUUGUUCCCAUAUGGACAAUUGCCAACAUGGAAGGGAUUAAGAAGCUGACAACAGACAUGGACCUUAUUCUUGAAGUUUUGAGAUCUUCUCCUAUGGUACAAGUGGAUGAGAGAGGGGAGAAAGUCAGACCAAACCACAAGAGGUGUAUCAUCAUUCUCCGUGAGAUCCCUGAGACAACACCUAUAGAGGAGGUCAAGGCUCUGUUUAAAAACGAGAACUGCCCCAAAGUGAUAAGCUGUGAGUUUGCUCACAACAACAACUGGUACGUUACAUUCCAGUCCGACACCGACGCGCAGCAGGCGUUUAAAUACUUAAGGGAAGAAGUGAAAACCUUUCAGGGCAAGCCAGUAAUGGCAAGGAUCAAAGCCAUCAACACGUUCUUUGCUAAGAAUGGUUACCGGGUGGUGGACUCGGGCGUGUACCCCCAGCCCGUGCAGACCCAAGCACAGUUUGCCUCCCCCCUGUUUAUGCAGCCUGUAUAUAGCCCUCAGCAGUACUCCAUUUACAGCAUCGUGCCUCAGACCUGGUCUCCCAAUCCUGCACCUUACUUUGAGACACCACUGGCCCCUUUUCCCAACGGAGGAUUUGUGAAUGGCUUUAACACACCAGGAUCAUACAAAACAAAUGCUGCUUCCCUGAGUAUAGGUCGCCCAUUCCAUAGGAAUCGGGUGAAGCCUCAUUUCCGCUCGUCCGGCAGCUCGGAGCAGCCC